AUGACUGGCGCGCAAAUUUCUUCAUUAGAGACGCUGACUGAUGACACCGACGCAGUCUCAUUUUUGUCGCGCCUCACCGAGCAUGCGCGGACACCACCACGUCGAAUGAAGUCUUUUUUUUUUUAUUUAGCAUUUUUUUCUUUCUCUUUCUCUCUUUCUCUCUCUCUCUCUCUCUCUAUUUCUCUCUUUCUACCGUCGUCGUCCCGCCCGACGCUUACAAAUCCAAAAACGACAACGCCACAGGCGAAAGCAGCAGCAGCAACAGCAGCAGCAGAAGCAAAACCAACGACAUCGUCUGUCGCGACAACCACUGAUCCUACUGUCACGACGACAACUCCUACCUUCUCCCCGCCGUUGCCACUGCCCUCGGCAACCGCGAAGCCACCGACAUCGACGCGGCCAGUAUCCACGGCGCAAUCUGCAGCCUCUUUCGCUGCUGAUGCCGUUGCUGCUGAUACUAUCACCACCUCACCUGAAAGUGCGGAAGAAAAUUUCGACGGUUUGGAAGAAGUACCAGAAAACACAAACCCGGGGGCUGAACGGACUAAAAAACAUCUAUCUAUCUAUCUAUGGUGCACGUCUUCCACUCUUUACCCAAGUAUCUUCACAUCUCUCUCUCUCUAUCUAUCUAUCUAUCUAUCCAAAAAAUUCACCGGAAAUCGAAGCAUCCAGAUCGCAUUCUCUCUCUCUCUCUCUCUCUCUCUCUCUCUCUCUUUUUAUUUCUUUUUCUUUCUUUUUUUCUUUUCUUUUUUCUUUUCUUUUCUUUUUUCUUUUCUUUCCUUUUUUCUUUUCUUUUCUUUUCUUUCUUUGCUUUUUCCGUUCUUUUCUUUUCUUUUCUUUCUUUUUCUUCUCUUUUCUUUUUUCUUUUUUUCUCUUUUUUCUUUUCUUUUCUUUUUUCUUUUCUUUUCUUCCUUUUUUCUUCUCUUUUCUUUAUUUUUCUUUUCUCCUCUUUUUCUUUUCUUUCUUUUUUUCUUUUUUCUUUUCUUUUCUUCUCUUUUUUUCUUUUCUUUUCUUCUCUUUUUUCUUUUCUUUUUUUUUUUUUUUUCUUUCUUUGCUUUUUUCUUUUCUUUUUUACUUUUCCUUUUCGUUUUUGCCUUCUUUCUUUCUUUCUUUCUUUCUUUCUUUAUUUAUUUAUUUAUUUAUUUAUUUAUUUCUCCAUUGGAUAGCAUUUUUGCCACCACAGUCAGUUCUUUCUUUCUUUCUUUUCUUUUCCUUUCUUUCUUUCUUUCUUUCUUUCUUUUCGUUAACGUUUUGAUCACCGUUUUUUUCUUUCUUUCUCUUUUUCUUUCUUUCUUUCUUUCUUUCUUUCUUUCUUUCUUUCUUUCUUUCUUUCUUUCUUUCUUUCUUUCUUUCUUUCUUUCUCUUUUCGUUAACGUUUUGAUCACCGUGAGUUUCUUUCUUUCUUUCUUUCUUUCUUUCUUUCUUCGCCCUAUCAUUCUUUCUUUUCUUUCUUUCUUUUUCGUUAACGUUUUGAUCACCUUUUUACCUUCUUUCUUUCUUUUUCUUUCUUUCUUUCUUUCUUUUCUUUUCUUUCUUUCUUUCUUUCUAUUUCUCCAUUCGAUAACGUUUUUCCCUGUCCGACCAUUAUUUUCCCGUGGCUAUCGUUCCACGCGGUGCAAUAUCUAUCUAUCUAUCUAUCUAUCUAUCUAUCUAUCUAUCAUAGUCUGA